AUGGGGCGUCGGAAGAAAUCCCAAGCUUCCAAGCUCACCUCGGGUCAAGAUGACGACCCCCAUGACAACUUAUCGGAGAUCAGGAAAGCUUUAGUCGAAAAUGCCGCCCUUCAAGCCCAACUGAAGAAGGAGCUUUGCCUGCUACGCGCCAGUGAACCCGAAACGAAGAGCCCAAAUCCCACUGUGGUCGCUGGCAGUUCCAAGCGCAGGCCGUCGGCUCAAGGCUCCCUCAAUAUGUUGCCGGCUUCCUAUGUGCUCGAUCCUUGCCCAAGUGAAUGCGGGAAGAGUGUGGCUAGCAUGAAGCAGCCAAAGCAAGCAGAAGAAACCAAGUGUGAGAGUGUGGCUAGCAUAAAGCAGCCAAAGCAAGCAGAAGAAACCAAGUGUGAGAGUGUGGCUAGCAUAAAGCAGCCAAGGCAAGCAGAAGAAACCAAGUGUGAGAGUGUGGCUAGCAUGAAGCAGCCAAAGCAAGCAGAGCCCAGCAUGAAGCAGCCAAAGGAAGCAGAAGAAACCAAGUGUGAGAGUGCGGCCAGCAUGAAGCAGCCAAAACAAGCAGAAGAAACCAAGUGUGAGGUAGGAACAAGCGUUUCUUGA